AUGGGAGGUUGUAUAUCGUCGGGCUCCGAUCACUCUAUCCAUCAGAAGCCGUGCGCCACGGUGAUCUCCGUCGGCGGAGAGCUGCGCCGGUAUCCUCUCCCGGUCACGGUGUCGCAGGUGAUUCAGUUCGAGGCGUCGGCCCCGAACUCCGUCUUCCUUUGCGACUCCGACCGGCUGUACUUCGACGACUACAUACCGCGCCUCGACGCGGCGGAGGAGCUGGAGCCUGAUCAGAUCUACUUCGUGAUGCCGGCUUCGAGGCUCCAGCAGCGCCUAGCCGCCUCCGACAUGGCGGCGUUGGCCGUCAAGGCCAGCGUCGCGUUCAACGACUUCAACCCGCGGCGGAGCCGGAAAUCUCGGAUCUCGCCCGUUUUGGUGGCGGAGGAGGAUCCGCAGUCGACUCAUCAGAUCAAAAUCAACAGCAAUUCGUACGUUCACGCCAAAAAUGCGAGGAAGGCGUCGUCGGGCGGCGUUUCGAGAUCCAGCUCCGUGAGGAAGCUGCAUAAAUAUUCUUCGCGGCGAGCGAAAUUGGCGGUUCGAUCUUUCAGGAUUAGGCUCACCACGAUUAACGAAGGUUCCGUGCUCCUAAAUUAA